ACCCUCCCCAGGCCAGGUCACCCUCCGUAUGGUCCACAUGGGAAUCAGUGUCCCCUGUGUGCCUCCCCUGGACAUGGCAGUGGUUCAGAGCUUGGGUCUACAGCCAGACUCCUUGGGCUCAAAGCUUGUCACUGACACCCAGCGGGGUGACCUUAGGCAUUUUUUCAACUUCUUUGUGUCUUGAUUUUCUCUUCCAUAAAAUGGAGCUAUUAAAAUGUAUGUGUAAGGAUCAGAUAAGGCUUUUAAACUACUCAAGACGUGUCUAAGUGUUUCAGUGUUCAAUCUCCCAAUCUGACAUCAGCAUCUUCUCCCCUAAAGUGCUCCUUAUCCAUGUCCCUGUCCCAGGGACCAUCCCUGAACCCUGGGCCUUGUUCUGGAUGGUUUCCUCCUUUCCCCCCCUCAAGCUGUCAGUCCCACAGUCUGGCCUCCUGGCCUCCUGUCUCAUACAUCAGCCACCUCCCAGUCACCCCCACCUCCCUCCCCUGGGCCCCGCUCCAGGCUCCGGGCCUCCAUUCUCAUCCCCUCUGAUCCACUCUUAUUCUCACAGUAGCUUUCUGACGCUUAAAUCUGACCCAGUCCUCCCUUGGUCACAGUCCCUCUGUGGCUUCCCAGUGCCCUCCGAUAAAUAAGUCCAAACUCCUUAGCCUGGCAUGCAGGACCUUUUACCACCUGGCCAUGCUUCAGCCGCACCUCCCUCCCCCAUGGCAGCCACAGGCAGGGGCAGGUGUUUGCUGAACACGGGGACACACACAUGUGCACACACACGCGCACGAGCGCACAUCCCCCAAGCUCUUCACCUCUGUUUAGGAAUGUCCCAGUCCUCUGUGCCAGAGGUCCAGGAUUGGACUUCCUUCUCAGUCGACCCUUCACCUGUCCAGCCCCUCCAGAGUUCCGAUACUGGGGUGGGGGAGGGGGCUCGACCUGCCACCCCACCCCCCAUUCCAGCCUGGGGCUCAGGUCUCCGACAACAGAACCGGAGCCACUCAGCAACGCUGGAACCCAUUCGGGGGGGCCUGGGGCCCCUCGUCCCAAGCCAGGAGGGCUUUGGGGGAGGGGUGUGGCCCCUGGCAGACUGGCAGUGUGGCCCAGGGGGCUGGGGGGUGCCAGGGAGGUGGGGGCGAACCUCGAAGCGAGAGGCACGAGUCUGGUUCUCUUUCCCCCGCUGGGGGGGCCUCGGAGCUGGUGGCGGGCCGGAAGGCUUCGAAGGCAGAGCCUGUGGGGCGGGGGUGGCAGCAGGGCUGCGUCAGGUGGCAGGGGCACCAUGGCCACCAUCCAGUCCGAGACCGACUGCUAUGACAUCAUCGAGGUGCUGGGCAAGGGCACCUUCGGGGAGGUGGCCAAGGGCUGGCGGCGAAGCACAGGCGAGAUGGUGGCCAUCAAGAUCCUCAAGAAUGACGCCUACCGCAACCGCAUCAUCAAGAACGAGCUGAAGCUUCUGCGUUGCAUGAGGGGUCUGGACCCCGAGGAAGCCCACGUCAUCCGCUUCCUCGAGUUCUUCCACGACGCCCUCAAGUUCUACCUGGUCUUCGAGCUGCUGGAGCAAAACCUUUUCGAAUUCCAGAAGGAGAACAACUUCGCGCCCCUCCCUGCCCGCCACAUCCGCACGGUCACCCUGCAGGUGCUUAGAGCCCUGGCCCGGCUCAAGGAGCUGGCGAUCAUCCAUGCUGAUCUCAAGCCCGAAAACAUCAUGCUGGUGGACCAGACGCGCUGCCCCUUCAGGGUCAAGGUGAUUGACUUCGGCUCAGCCAGCAUUUUCAGCGAGGUGCGCUACGUCAAGGAGCCAUACAUUCAGUCGCGCUUCUACCGGGCCCCUGAGAUUCUGCUGGGGCUACCCUUCUGCGAGAAGGUGGACGUGUGGUCCCUGGGCUGUGUCAUGGCCGAGCUGCACCUGGGCUGGCCCCUCUACCCGGGCAACAACGAGUACGACCAGGUGCGCUACAUCUGUGAGACCCAAGGUUUGCCCAAGCCCCACCUGCUGCACGCCGCCCGCAAGGCCCACCACUUCUUCAAGCGCAACCCCCACCCCGAUGCCAGCAACCCCUGGCAGCUCAAGUCCUCGGCCGACUACCUGGCUGAGACCAAGGUGCGCCCCCUGGAGCGCCGCAAGUACAUGCUCAAGUCGCUGGACCAGAUUGAGACAGUGAACGGUGGCGGGGCAGCCAGUCGGCUGACCUUCCCGGACCGCGAGGCGCUAGCGGAGCACGCUGACCUCAAGAGCAUGGUAGAGCUGAUCAAGCGCAUGCUGACGUGGGAGUCGCAUGAACGCAUCAGCCCCAGCGCAGCCCUGCGCCACCCCUUCGUGUCCAUGCAGCAACUGCGCAGCGCCCACGAGACUACCCGCUACUACCAGCUCUCGCUGCGCGGCUGCCGCCUCUCGCUGCAGGUGGAGGGCAAGCCGCCCACGCCGGCCGUGGCUGCUGCGGAAGACGGGCCGCCCUACUACCGUCUGGCCGAGGAGGAGGAGGCCGUGGGCGUGGGCAGUGUGGUGGGUGGCAGGCCCUUCUUCUGCGAGGAGAAGGCGCCGGGCGUGCAAAGGGCCAUUGAUCAGCUGGAUGACCUGAGUCUGCAGGAGGUGGGGCGAGGGCUGUGGGGUGAGACCCGAGUCGACGUGGUUCCUGACAUGCUGGCCCCACUCAAGGCAGCCGCCGCUGGCCGCCGAGUGCCCGACUCGGGCCCCGAGCCCAUCCUGGCUUUCUACGGCAGCCGCCUGGCAGGUCGCCACAAGGCCCGCAAGGCACCCGCGGGCUCCAAGUCUGACUCCAACUUCAGCAACCUCAUCCGGCUGAGCCAGGCCUCCCCUGAGGAUGACGGGCCGUGCCGGGGCAGCAGCUGGGCAGAAGGAGAGCGCCGCGGGGCCUCCGCCGAGCCGCCCACGCUCCCGCAGCGGGAUGGGGAUGGACCAGACAUCAAGGAUAUGACCAUGGAUGCUGACAGGCCGGGCCCUGAGCUCUUCGACCCCAGCAGCUGCCCUGGGGAAUGGCUGAGUGAGCCAGACUGGACCCUGGAGGGUGUCAGGGGGCCACGGGCCCAGGGGCUCCCGCCCCGCCACACUCACCCGCACGGUCCCGCCCGGGCCACCAGCUUUCUGCAGCACGUCGGGGGGCACCAUUAAGGGUGACCCCACUCCUGCCCAUCCCUGGAGGCUGCGCUAGCUGGGCUGGCAUCCCCUCUCAGAAGCCAUUUCCUGAACCCACAAAUUAUUCUUACAGAAAGACAGUUAUCCAGAAACUCCCCAUUCCCCUUGCCCAUGGUGCAUACCAGAACACACCCCCCGAACACAGGAGGGCCUUGGGGUCUGGCCCGUGGCCCCCCCCACCCCGGGCCAAAGGGACACAGGAAGGAGGCUGCCCCCGCUGGCCCUGAGCAUGCCCUCGGCCCUGCUGCCUCUGCCUAUUUCAAUAAAGAACUGUUCUGCAGCUGUGCUUGAGGCCUGGACUGGAGCUGGGGUGGGGUUCAGGUGGGCGCCCGGGGCCCUGCUCUCCGAUGCUGCUCUCAGCCAGCCCCUGGCUCGGGCUGGAGGCUGGGCUGCC